CAGUUUUUGUGAAAAAUUCACCAUGUUGUAGAAUGGUAUCUGAUGGCUGAAAAUGGCAAAAUUAAACAAACUACUUAUUUUUCAUUAUUAAAAAGGUAAUUGUGUAUCUAUAGCAUGGAAAAACCUGAUCAAAAUACCCAAUGUUCAUCAAAGGGUGCCUUUGAUGCAGCUAGCCUGCUAGCCCCAUCUUCACCAGUUUUUGGCCAUCACUUGCCUGUUCCUGCCAAUGCACCUCUUUUUCACCUAGCCCAUUCCCCAAGUGCAUUUUCAGUGCUAAGUCAAACAACUUCUCUUUCUUCUCAUUCUCCAACAACACUCUCUAUUAAUAACAAAAUCUGUUCUCAAAUAGGAACUGAUGCUCAUAAUUCUUUUUCUUCAUCUCUACCAGGGUGCAGCACAGCUGUCACCCAUUCACAUGAGAAUGUAGGGAGGAGUGAAUUAAAUGACAUGGUUUCCUUAAAACAUGGAUCAACGUCAUCCUCCCUUCACUGCCAUAUUCCUCAGCCACGGAGAAUAGUAGAAGAGAUGUUGGGCCAUCUCUAUGCCAGGCCUCCUUCAGCUGAGAUAAAAACUGAGCUACCAGUCUCAGGUACUUACACAAAUAAUUGAACCUUAAUCAAAUAG